UGAUAUAUUUUUUUUUUUUUAAUAAUUAGUUGAUGAGCUGUUUAUUACUUUUAAUCUAGUUAAUGGCCUGGUCCACACGUACUACACCAAUCUAAUAUCUUCUUGCUUCCCAAGUUUCUCUUUUGUCCAAAAGUCAAAUCCAACGCCCAGUUUAUAAAACAGAGCCAUAACCGUCAUUGUAUUCAAGCUCAAACCAUUUUCAAGUUAUCCAAACAUAACAUGAAGAGAGAGGGUCGCCAACAUGGGAUGGUUCGAACCUACCGGAUCCUACCAUCUCCAUUGAACCCCAGACCCGGUACCAGAUUUGUCAAUCAGUUGGACACACCCCCAACAGCCGGAUUGUUCACCAAAGUCUCAUCUAAGCCUACCAACCACUCCAAGUUCACCGGAAAGUGUGGCAAGGCUCACUGCACCGGCUGUCAUAUGCACUCGGCUUGCAAGGCCAAGGACAAGACAAAAGGGACCCAAAAGAUCAGAUCUUGCGACGUCAUUUCAAAUCAUAGGUUGGUCACUUGGCGGGGCCGGCAGGGGUUGAAUUUCUCUGGCUACUCUGCUUCGGGUCUUUUGGAUCAGCUGUCUAGUAAUUGUGUGGCUGAUGAUGAUGAUGACUAUGAUGGUUAUGAUAGAUAUGUGGAUGAGUAUGUUGGUUAAUGUGAUGGGCUUUCAGCCGAUCACAGCACAGAUUAUGAUAAAUAAUGGUGAUGAUGAAAAUGGCAAUCGUGGUGGUGCUGAUGCAAUAAGCUAUUGUAACGUGGGUUUUGUGAUGGACCCUGCAGAAGUAGAUGAGGAUUGGUGUCUAGUGGGGGAGAUGUAAUGUAAAGAAUUAAGAUUGUUUAUCAAAGCUUGUUCCUUUUAUUCUACCAAAACUUAAAUAAAUAAAUCUUAUUCCCUUUCCAUAAUAUCGUAUGUUUCUAAAAUUUGUAUACCUCACUGUCUUUCUAUUAUGAAGUUCAUGGUCUACAUUUUCAAUAAAUUAAAUGUUUGAGUUUGAUGAU